AUGGCUCAUUUACCUUGUUAUGUUGUAAUUCAAGAACUGACAGGUUGUACGGAUGGAUACAUGUAUCAUAGGCCGCGGUCAAGUUUGUGUCAUCAACCGUUGGGCCCAGAUGGCAGACAGCUACCGCUGCGGUCUAAAGGGCAAUAUCAUUCGAAAUCCAAGGAAGAUCCAAUGGCUGGGAUGCAUUGGAAUUCCAAUCGUGCUGCAGCAAGGAUCUUAUAUUUUUUUCCCGUUCUAAAUGAUACUAAAGGGAGAAAGUUAAAGGACCCCAUGAAGCAAGAAGCAACUAAACAAUUGUCACUGGCUUUUGCAAAAAGUUUAAGCAAAUUCUUCAAGCUGGUGAUCAUGACCGCGUGA